AUGAAGUCUGCCGCCAUCGUCGCCUUCGCUGCUGCUGCCCUCGUGGCCCCCGCUCUUGCUCAAGAUGCUGCUUCCCUCGCCGCUCUCCUCCCUAGCUGCGCUGUCUCUUGCGCCUUGACCGCUAUUGGCCCCACUGGCUGUGUCGCUACUGAUGUGACUUGCCUGUGCGCCAACUCGAGCUUCGUCUCUUCCAUCGCCGCUUGCACCAAGACCUCCUGCUCGGCUGAGGACCAGCAGAAGACCGCCGCUGCUACCCUGCAGAUCUGCCCCAACCUUGCUGGUGCCGCCGCUGGUUCCGCUGCUGGCUCGUCCUCUGCUGCUCCCGUCUCCAGCGCUGUUUCGUCUUCGGUUGCUUCGGUUGUCUCGAGCGCUGCUGCUGCUCCCGUAUCCAGCUCCGUCAAGGUCACUCCUGUUGCUCCCAUCGCUACUGCCAGUGCAAAGAACGGCACUGCCACUGCCACUGGCAACUCUACCGCUCCUGCCGCUACUACUUCCAAGCCUGCUUCAUACACUGGUGCCGCUUCAUCGGUCAGCGUUGGACUUGGUCUUCUUGCCAUGAUGGGUUUCGCUGCUCUCUAA